ACUAAGAACUAUAUAGAUGAUUACAAGUCUAUACACUGAUUAAAAGUCUAUAUAUAUAUAGUAUCGUACUUUUUGAACUACCAUUCUUACACACAUAUUCACUGCGUAUCUCAAUGGGGUGGCCACUUGUGAAGUUACUGUUAUGGGUUUUCAUAGUUUUUGUUCAAAAUCAUGGACUGCAGGGUUGUCUUGAAGAGGAGAGGAUUGGCUUGCUUCAAGUCAAGGCCUUCUUCAUGACUCUCAACAGUGGUGAUGAUGAUCAUACAAGCCAUGAUUUGCUUCUUCCUUCAUGGGUUGAUGACAAAGAAAGCGAAUGCUGUGAUUGGGAGAGAGUUGCUUGCAACCACACUACAAGCAGAGUGGUGGAGCUCACUCUCGAUAAUCUAAAGCAAUACCAGUUUUUGAUUUUCAGUCUUACUGUCUAAACAUCUCUUUAUUUAAACCUUUUGAAGAGCUACUGAGUCUUGACUUAUCUGGGAAUAGUUUUGAUUGUUGCGUUGAGAAUGAAGGUUUUGAAAGGUCUUUGAACUUGGAGAGGUUGGAGAUCUUAAAUGUUGCUCGAAAUAGCUUCAAUAACAGCAUCCUAAAACCUUUGGGUUUACUCUCGUCACUGAAAACUUUGAAUGUCAGUGAAAAUGGGUUGGAAGGACCUCUUCCUGUUCGAGAUUUAUCAACUCUGAGGAAAUUGGAGAAGUUGGAUCUAAGCCGCAACAUGUUGAAUGCCUCCCUUCCAGUGCAGGAUUACAAAACCUUGUCAAAGUUGAGCAAGCUAGAGCACCUGGAUCUAGCAUUCAACCAUUUCAGCAAAGACAUUCUAAAGUCUUUGGGUAAUCUCCCAGUUCUUAAAUUUCUAUCAAUGGAGUUCAAUCAAAUGGAAGGACCACUUUCCAACAAGGAAUUAGCAAACCUUCACAAGUUAGAGGCCCUAAUUUUGAGUAACAAUCAAUUAAGUGGCACACUACCAAUCCAAGAUUUCAUUUCAUUCAAGAACUUGGAGGUUCUAGAUCUGAGCAUUAAUAGCUUCACUGGAAACAUUCCCCCACAAAUAGGGGCCUUGACUUCUCUCAAGGCUUUGUCUUUGGCGUAUAAUAAUUUCACCAACACAUUGCCUAUUCGAGGUUUGUGUGAACUAAGGAACCUUCAAGAGUUGGAUCUUAGUGUAAACACAUUGGAUGGAAUCCUUCCUCCAUGUUUGAGCCAUUUGAGAUCCCUUAGAGUGUUAGAUCUUUCUCAAAAUCAAUUCACAGGAGACAUUUCUUUUAUAAUAUCAAACCUCACAUCUCUAGAAUUCAUCAAUCUCAACAAUAAUCGUUUUGAGGGUUUAUUCUCAUUCAGCUCGUUAGCUAAUCAUUCCAAGCUUGAGUUCGUUGAAUUAAUGGGAGCCAGAAACAAAAUGGAAGUGGAAACUGAUCAUUACUCAACUUGGACUCCCAAAUUUCAGUUGAAAGUCCUUGUGUUGUCAAACUGCAACCUCAAUAAGCUCACUGGUGAAAUACCCAAGUUUCUCUUGCACCAAUUCAAAUUAAGAAUAGUUGAUCUCUCCCAUAACAACUUGAAAGGAGUAUUCCCAUAUUGGUUGCUUAAUAACAAUGCACGACUUGAAGUGCUGAAUCUGAGGAACAACUCUCUCACCGGUCAAUUUGAUCUGCCACCACGCCUUAACAUGAGUUUUUAUUGGAUGGAUGUCUCAGCCAAUCACUUUCACGGGCAACUUCAAGAAAAGAUUGCAAGAAGGCUUCCAUACAUUUCAUAUCUAAAUUUAUCCAGAAAUUCUUUCCAAGGUAUUCUUCCAUUAUCACUUUGCAACAUGAGUAACUUACAGAUAUUGGAUUUGUCCGUUAACAUGUUCUCUGGAGAAGUACCAAAGGAACUCAUUUCUGGUUGCAUCAAUUUGUUUGUUCUGAAUUUAUCGAGAAAUAAAUUUCAUGGCCAAAUACUCUCAACACACUUCAAUUUGACUGGCCUAAUGGUUCUGCAAUUGAAUGACAACAAUUUUUCAGGAACUUUAUCCAACACAAUUUCGGAUAGCUCUCUGAUUGUGUUGGACAUUAGCAACAAUUAUUUCUCAGGUGUGAUUUCUAGCUGGAUAAGUAAUAUGACAAAUUUGUUUACAGUCAUCAUGCGAAAUAAUUCUUUCAAAGGCCAGUUGCCAUGUGAACUAGCUGUAUAUGGGGUUUUGGAUGUCUCUCAGAACUCUCUUUCAGGAUCAUUACCUUCUUGCUCAAACCCACCAGAGCACAUUUAUUUUCAGGCAAACAAAUUCACAGGACCUAUACCAAAUGCUUUUGUUAAUUCCUCAUAUCUGUUCACUUUGGAUAUUAGAGAUAACAACUUAUCUGGCAAUAUUCCUAAUGGGAUUAGUUCACUCUCCGGCUUAAGAAUACUUCUGUUGAGGGGAAACCAUUUGAACGGUUUAAUUCCAAAUCAAUUGUGUAAGUUGAAUAAGAUAGCCCUCAUGGAUCUUUCCUACAAUUCUUUUUCUGGAUCAAUACCUCGUUGCAUCAAUAAUAUCUCUUUUGGAAAGAUAGGUCCAGAUGACCGCGUGUUUAAACAGGGCGAUUAUCUUACAUGGAAUAAGCAUACAAUUGGUAGGUAUGGAAGUCUCUUGGUGAGAACAUUGAAAACAGACUUUGCGGAUGAUGUCUAUAAUGUACCAGCUGAAGCCGAGUUUGUUACAAAAAGAAGGGCUAGCUCCUACAAGGGUGAUAUCCUAAACUUCAUGUCAGGAUUGGAUUUGUCAUGCAACAACCUAACAGGUGAAAUCCCACAAGAGCUAGGAGAGCUAGUUUGGAUUCAUUCAUUGAACUUGUCUCACAACCAGUUAAAAGGAAAUAUCCCGAGAACAUUCUCUAACCUGACUCAAAUAGAGAGCUUGGACCUUUCUUACAAUAAGUUGAGGGGAGUGAUCCCUAUAGAGCUGAUUGAUCUCAAUUUUCUGGCAGUCUUCUCUGUAGCUUACAACAAUUUAUCAGGUAAAAUUCCUGACAGGAAAGCACAAUUUGGGACAUUUGAUGAGAGCAGCUAUGAAGGAAAUCCUUAUCUUUGUGGACCACCACUACAUAAAAACUGUACCACCAUUAUUCAGCCUCCAAACUCACCAACAACCUUUUCAGAAGAAAAAUGGUAUGAAAUCGACCGAGAGGCUUUUUAUGUUACAUUUUCCGUGUCGUACAUUAUGUUCUUAUUGGCGUUGGCUUCUGUUCUGGCUAUCAAUCCGUAUUGGCGAAGAAGGUGGUUCAAUGCCAUUGAGGAUCAUAUGUAUUCGUGCUAUUAUUUUUUUUUGGAUGCUUUCUACAAGCUAUUGGGUCAUUAGUAAGUUAGUUACUGUUUGAUUAUGUAGACAUAAUACAUCAGUCAAAUGUAAUAAUGCUAAUAACUAGCUUUAUGCAAACUCAUGUUGAUUGAGCGAUUAGUUCAAAUUUGAAGAUCUAUCAUUAUCUAUUCCUAGUAAAAA